AUGAGUGCAGAUGACAAGUCCGAAACUGGUGCCAAAAUCGUCGCACGCAUGCUCAUCACCCAGUACUCCUGGCUCCUGAUGCUUUUCAUCGUCGCGCAGACAGCCCCCUUGGCCAUGCAAGUCUGGCUGGAGAGUAGCUCGGUCGCGGCCAUCCUUCGUAUACUCAAACAGAUGGUUACCCUCGCGCCGUUGCAUUUCAUCUUCCAGGCGAAGAUCAUUGGCACUUACCUGACCAACGAAGUCACGCUUGGAGGUGCAAAGUACCUCCCAACAGGAAGAGGCUUGCCCACGGAGCGCCGGGCUUUCCUCCGUCGCGUUGAUGGCGACAAGAAAAAAGGUGGUGGAGGUGGCCUGUACAACGACUAUGCCACCCUGGCGCUGUAUGACGGAGCGCAGCUGCUGAUCGCCUCGGUCAUGGUGCUCUGUGCAGGUGGCCUGGCCGUGGAGCAGUCCCUGGUCUGGUGGCUCGUUGCCCUCGGCCUUACUAUCUGCUCUUGGCUCCUGGCACCUUUCGUAUUCAAUCCGUACCAGUUUGCCUACACCCAUUUCCGGUCUGACUUGAAGGAUUGGAGAGAUUUCUUCUUCCAGGAUGGAGGCAAGCACUGGGCUUUCUGGUAUGCCGAGAAUCCCAAGAAGGCCGACACGCGCCUGCGCAUUGGCGCGGGCUUGCGGACCAGCUCCAUGGAGGUCCUGAAGCGGGCUCUUUUCCUGGGCUGCUGGUACACCAUCCUCAAUCAGAAGGUGCACAUGCUGACGGUGAUCUUCGAAGGUACUUUCCGAUCCGCCUUCAGCAUCGCCCUAGUCGUUAUGCCUCCGGUCGGCAUGUCGAUUGUCAUCUGUGCGGUCCUACCUCAAGUGUCUCAACUGUGCGGAUGCGACGACCGCGAGCUCCACUAUGGUUGGAGUGCCUUGCUGGUGGUCUUGGCUGACUUGGUCGAGACGUUCUGCUACCUGUGGAAGCUUCUGAGCCUGCGCUGGUGGAAAUCCUUUACCAUCGGCAUUCUUCUGAAGUUCUCUCUGCUCUCCCUUUGUCUGGAACUGGUGGAAUGCGCAUUCCGUCUCAAAGGUUCAGGUGCUCCGUUGGCAUUGAGGCGGCGUGCCAAGCUGUGGCUGUACGGCCAUCGAAUGGCACAGGACUUGGCUGUUUCAUCGCUGAUCUUUGGCUUGCUCUCAAUCGGUACUUUCUUCGAUUGCAUCAAGGCGAAGGUUUGUGGCUGCAAAGGCUGUGGGCUGCACAACAUCCUCGUGUAUCGCGACCCAGGAGGUGUUCACAAGCGACAGGUAAUCCGUCGGGCGCAAAACGCCGGAGAAUUUACUGAAGCAGGUGGAGAAGAGCCGCCGGCGCUGGCGCCGCUCGAACUCGCCUCAGAUGCCCUGCUGGACGCCGCGCCAGGCAACCUGAAACCAGGCAUAAUGCGAGCAGCGGCUGUCCUCCUUGCGCUGUUUGUGCCAUGGGCAGCAUCUCAGGGAACAUGCCAGGCGCCACGGGCGGGGCCAUUAGGGCCCAUGCAGGACGCCUCGGCCUGUGCCAACAUUCCCCAAUGCGGUGACUGCGUUGUGCACUGCAACUGUGGCGGAGCCCCGUCCUGCCUCGGUUCCAACACAACGCUCCGAUGUCUGGGAGAAAACGAUGCUGUCAGAAAUCUACCACCAGCUUCGCUGCCGAACGGCCAGUUCCCAUUUGGGGUAUGUGAUUCUUCGGCAGAUGCUGGAAUCGUGGGAUUGGUGGCACCGGAUCACUGUGGGCUCAAUCUCUGCUGCCCAGAAAAUCCUUUCGUGCCAGCUGGAUGCCAGAACGAGCUCGACGCGCGGCUGGGGUUGACCGGGCAGUGCCAGGCCAUGGUCGACAGUGGCUCUUUCUCAUGUGAACAGAGCUUUUGCCCGACCUGUGGUAAGCUUGCCGGCCAGUGCGACCAUCUUUGUGGCUACGGACUUUGUUCCGUUUGUGGGGACUGUUUUCGCUCUGCCCGCCUGGCAGCGGGCCAGCCGGAGCCCUGCGACGAUGGGAACGCCGAGGAUGGAGAUGGCUGCAGCAGCUCCUGCUUGGUGGAGGACGGCUGGACCUGCACGAAGGAGGCAGUUCUUCUCCCGGAUGCGGCUCUGGGAGGGGUUCAGAGACAAACGACAGUCGACAGGUGCACGACUUGUACAGACUCUCCAGUCGCCUGGACGGAUAGCCAGGGCUACACCUGCGAGGAGCCGGACUAUGAAAUGUUUGCCGCUUGCGAUUCCGACUCACUGUCCUCGGAUGCCCUGGUACUCGGCGGACGACUCCGUAUGACCCCGGAGUACUUCCAGUAUCAGUUCUUGUACAACACUGACAUUUCUCCAGGCAAGCCGCUCAAGAUGUUGGUUUCCGUUGCGGCCGCGAAUGAUGCGCACAUCUUCCUCGGCAAGCCUGGUGAGUACGGCUUUGAGAUUGUAGUGGGCGGUUGGAACAAUGGUCAAUCAGUGCUGCGAACGCAGCCAACUCUUCAAACGCUGGGCAACUACUACGGCGCACUGCUGGACCCGUCGGAGAUGCAAACAUUCUGGGUCUACUAUGCCUGGGAUGGCAAUCUCAGUGUUGGACGGGGGGAGGUCUUCUGGGAGAUGGGCUUCCUCCAGGGCUCCUACCUGACCACCAACCUGGUCAGCACGCGAAAUUGGUACGACAGCGUCUCUAUGGCUAGCCUUCUCAAUGAGGUGCACAUCAGCACUGGCUGGGGAGCCGUUGGCAGCUGGGACGUGCGGCUCGUGGACGGCUUCGCUGGGAUGAGGAUUGGAGAUCUGGCAGCUUCAGGCGUCGAUGCUACCUCGGCCUGUUGUGCGUGUGGCGGGGGUGUUUCUGGCAGGCCAUGUGAGCAGCGUGUCAAUGGCCAGCUUCCCUUCCAAGCGCGCGGUGAUGUCGCAGGAAGUACAGAGGGCAGCAGAAGGCUUAGCGGCCUUGGCGGCUUUGCCUCGGACCCGCUGCUCUUGGGAAAGCCGGGCACAGAUGGAUUUUCCUUGAGCCUCAACUUCACCAGCUGUGCAGUAACACAAGAGUCCGAUCCUUCGGGCGACUGGUGCACCUUGGAGGCUGUCGUCGCCCCCGGCAUGGCGAAGAGCCGUGUGAUAACGCCUUUGACAAGCGUGUGGACUCAGAUCCUGGAUCCGGGCUGCCGUAUCAUGGGCCAUCACCAGGUGGGCUCCAGCUACAUGUGGCAAGCCACGGGCUGCAACAUGACCGCCGGGGGGCUCUACGUCGUGGCCUUGCAUCUGACCACAAGUCAAGGUGAUGUGCUUCUGCUGAUGGACUUGCAGAUUCCAGGUAAGCCGACAUACACGCCAAGUUCCGUCGUCUUCAGCGACUCCGAUGUUCGUCGUGGCUACCUGCUGGGCGAGGUUACGAUUGAAGGUGCAGAGGACGAAAGCAACAUCCUGCAGUAUCGCGCGUACUAUGGAAGAUCCAACGACACGAGGGUGAACUUCCUCUCGGACGAGCGUGCUGCGGGUAUCGGAUGGGUGAAUACUUAUGCCGAUGGAGGCUUGCGGAAUGGAUACAACAACGAAUGCCUGUAUGGAGACUGCAGCUGGAAGAUGGAGUUGUCAAAAACCGCUGGGAACGGUCGACCCUACAACCAGUACCUCAUCAGGCAUGAACACACGGGGAAAUGCCUCUGUUAUGCGAAUGCAGUACUGUCGCAAACCGAAUGUUAUGCCAACUUACUGACCGUGGAUAGUCCUACGGCCUACAAGUACUUGCCAUCUGGCAACGGUGCUUUGAUCGAUAGGAAUAACGAGUUCUACAAAACCGUCUGGUACAGAGACAUUGGUGAUCGAGCAACGAAAACUUUGGAAUCCGUCCUCGCCAUCAUGCAGCAGGUCUGCGACGACUUCGGUCCAUGUGUGGGCGUCCUCAUCGCCGAGACCACCUUUGAUGGCAUCAUCCUCCUGGAUCGAACCUACGGCACUGAAGAAUAUCCUGACAGGGCCCAAGAAGCGCCAUUCUUUGCAGCACCCUUGCGCAUCGCCUAG